UAGUACAGUCAGAACAGAACAAUUGUUAAUAAAGUGGAUAAGAGAGACAAGAAGUGAACAAAGCCAUUAAUUCUUUUGUCUCAGCUCAUCUCUCAUCUCUGAUAUGGCAGAAAAUACUAAACCUACAGAAGCUCUUGCAAUGACAAUAGCCGAAGAAACCACCAAAACUAAAAAAGAAGUAGUGGGAAAUACGAAGUCUGAGAAAGUAAAUCAAGUAAAAAACUAUGCAAGCAUAUUAUCGAUUAUCACCUUUGUUCUUUCUGUUGUGAUCCUUGCCUCCGCUAUCUGGUUGCUUUACAUGAAAGAUUACGAUUGUGAGAAGCUCUUAUGGCUACCAAGGUUACAGAUUGGUAUUGGCAUUGGAUUGAUCUUUGUUUCCUUGAUUAGCAACAUUGCUGUGUUGCUGAGAUCACGGUUUCCUGUGCCGGGAUUCUUUCUAGUUAUGGUGCCAUUGAUCGUGAUGCUCACAAUGGGACUUGCACUUGUGGGAGCUAACAAGCUGGAAAGCAGGAGAUUGAUGGCUACACCAAAGUGGUUCAGAGAAAAAGUUCGCCAUAAUGACAACUGGGAAAAUAUUAAAUCAUGCAUCUACAAUACUGGAACAUGCGAUGAUUUGGUGUCCAGGUCGUUGAAUCUCAAAGCAUUUGAUUUCAGUAUCAAGAAAUUAUCACCCAUAGAGGCCGGAUGUUGCAAACCACCAUCAAUAUGUCAAAUGGAGUACGUGAAUGCCACAUUUUGGACAAAAGUUGAAGGGGCUGUGGAUGAAUCACAACAGCAAUAUAGCGACUGUGCUACAUGGCAGAAUGAUCAAAAUAUCUUGUGUUACAACUGUGGAUCUUGUAGACAUGGUUUUGUGAGAGUAAUGGAAAGCAAAUGGAGGAAUCUUGGCGUCCUACUCAUCUUGAUGGGCUUACUUCUUAUUAUUGCUCAUAUAUCAUUAUUCGUUAUGGUUAUGUGGGAGCACUACAAUUGAUGAAAAUUAAGACUGCAAAUUACUAAUCUGUCUCCACCAUUUCAAGAAAGAGAGGUGUUUUCCUUAUAGCGUAGCCCGAUCAUUUUCAAGAAAAGGGUAAGCUUUUUUUAUCUUUUCAAAAUAAUUAGUGUAAUAAGGAUGAUUUUCUUCUUUUGUAAUUUUGUUUUUGUUUUAUGGUGUUGGUCACCUGUGUGUGUGUGCUCUUUCUUUUCUAAA